AUCUCUCCUCCCUCCCCCACUCUCGCCCCUCCUCCACCUCGCUGGUGUUUCCCGAGGGACUCUAUAUAUACUCCAGACCACUCUACUCCUUCCUAUUGUUCCUCUAAGGAAACUUGCAGACAGAUGUCCCGCGGCAGCACAGUGUGUGUGGGAGAGUGCAGAGAGACAGCCACGACAGAGACGAGACUCAAGACAAUAGCUGGUGCUGCUGGACAGAGACUUUUACUACUACCACUAGCCCAUUUCUUCUUCUGUGUUUUUUUGUUCGUUUUUUUUGUUGUGAUAUUUCUUUCUCCACCGCUGAGCGGUGAUCUGACGGCAUGUUGCUGGUGUUACUGCUGCUGAUGGCGAUGGACUGCUGCCUUGGCGCUCCAGCCGGGAGAGAGGUGUACAGGAUGCCUCAGAGUGCUCUGAAAGCUCUAUCGGACCGGGGUACUGUGGUUCUGGAGGCAGCGUUGACCAGUGCUCUGUCGGCUCUGGAGCUGGCAACGUCGGAGCGGAGUCAGGCCGAGGCAGUCUGUAGAGACUGUGUACCCUGUCUCUUUCAGGACUGCGGACAGCGCUCCGGACCCUGCUCCUCUCUGGACGGCACAUUGGCUGAGCCCAGCUGUGAUGUCAUUACCAAGGCUCAGAAAGUCCCGGAGGAGGGCGAGCGGAGCUGGGCACUGAGCCAGGCAUGUGGGUACUACCGGCGGCGGUGCCCGUCGGGCGAAACGGAGAAGGAGACUUGUGUGAGGAUCAUGGGCGAGAGCUGCAGUGCCCGCGUGCUCCAGUGUAGCCUCCUGAACACCAUGCAGAACCUGGAGCCUGCCACACAGACACGCACACAGGCAGUGUGUGGCCAGAGGCUGUCGGCGGUGCAGAACGUGACCCAGCCCCGCUCCCGUAUUGUGGGGGGUUCCCCGGCCCCCCCUGGCAGCUGGCCCUGGCUGGUCAACCUGCAGCUGGACGGAGGGCUGAUGUGUGGAGGGGUGCUGGUGGACAGCUCCUGGGUGGUGACCGCCGCCCACUGCUUCGCUGGCAGUCGCAGUGAUAGCUCCUGGACGGCUGUGGUGGGAGAGUUUGAUAUCACCAAGACCGACCCUGACGAGCAGGUGCUCAAGGUCAACCGCAUCAUCUCCCAUCCCAAGUUCAACCCCAAGACGUUUAACAACGACAUAGCGCUGGUGGAGCUGACGUCUCCGGCGGUCCUGUCGGACCGCGUGACCCCUGUGUGUCUGCCGUCAGGUCUGGAACCGCCUACUGGCAGCCCCUGUCUGGUGGCCGGCUGGGGCUCCCUCUACGAAGAUGGUCCUUCAGCUGACGUAGUGAUGGAGGCUAAGGUUCCUCUGCUGCCACAGAGCACCUGUAAGAGCUCCCUGGGCAAGGAGCUGGUCACCAACACCAUGCUGUGUGCCGGAUACCUCUCUGGGGGCAUCGACUCCUGCCAGGGAGAUUCUGGAGGCCCUCUGAUCUACCAGGACCGUAUGUCAGGUCGCUUCCAGCUGCACGGCAUCACGUCCUGGGGAGACGGCUGUGGGGAAAAGGGCAAACCUGGGGUCUACACACGGGUCAGCGCCUUCUCCGAUUGGAUACUCGCUGAGAUACAAAAGUCCUUUGGGAGUCGGGAGCCGACGUGUCCUGAGCUGCUGAAGACAUCGGAGCUGUCGGAGGAGCAGCAGAGGUCGGAGUUCGUCUCUCUGUGUCGCUUCUACGCCCAGACCUGCCCCCCCAGCCAGGGGGCUGCCGCCUGCAACCGCCUCGUCGAGGAGAAAUGUCGCAGCCGCUUCAAGAAGUGCCAGUUGCGUUCGUUCCUGCAGACCCUGCUGGACUUGCUCCAGAGAGCAGAGGACUAUAUCAGAGACAAGGUAGACCUGACCUUCUUCACCCAGACCCUGCCUCAACUGGUGGAGCACAUCUACAGUACAGCCUUCACCGCCAAGGAGAGGGAGAGGAGGGAGAUCCCACAGGAAACAGAACAGGUAUGGGGUGCUGUCCGGUCAGGGUCAGAGGAAACUGGUCCUGAGUUGUUCCAGAAGGUAGGCCCCCUGGUGGCUGACUGGGAGAACUACCUCAGGGGCAUCGCUGUGGAGUUGGACACACAGACACACGGACAGACAGACGGCUCCAAACCCCUGAGCCAAGAAGAGAGUCUUUUCCUCCAGGCAGAGGACCCCUCUCUGCAUCAGCUAAAGGGGAAGUACCAGACCAUCAUCUCAGCCUUACACUCCAAACUGGACUCCAGACCUGCUCCUCCAAUCCUGCACCUGAAUACAGCCCUCCUCCAGGAAAACUCUCCCAACAUUCAUGCUGUUCCCACUGAAGAGUCGCCCUCCUCAUUCCCCCUUCAGGGGUCAGAGUCGCUCACAGCCCUCAUCAGUGAAAUCCGGAAAUUUGGGACACAGAAUGAAAUGGCGACAGAAGAUGCAGAAAUUAGUGUAACAUCUUUUGAAGAGGACACAUUUUCUGAUCCAACACCAGUCAGUUCUAUAGAGACUACAGAUUGGCUUAACAGAGCUGUGACCGAGCAGACAUCCUUACAGCGCCUGUUCCCGUCUCUGUCCACCAUCGGCAGCACCAUGUCUCCCGUAGCAACGACCUUUGACUCCAGACAGACUCUACUUCCUGGUUCUCCCUCCCUCCAGCUGUCCCUCGACCACCGGAGACGCAGGAGUCUCCGCAAGAGGCAGAUCCCUGGGGUUAAAGCUUGUCCAGGAGUAGCAGAGUCCACCCAGCAAGUCAGUGGUAUCAGAGACACAUACAAGUGGAUCCUGGGCAUCCCCACCAAGAACCUCCACAUGAACUUCCAGGAGUUGCUGGUGGACCUGAGCUCUAAGAACGAUCGGGGUCUGUACGAGGCUCGGGUCAGGGCGGUGGUGGGGGGUCGACCUCUGACCUUCUACAGCCUGGUGGGUCUGGAGAAUGAGUCCUUCUACCGUAGCAUGCCGCGCAUCAUUGCGCUGGCUCUGGAUGCUCUCAAAACGUAAACGGCAUCAACUUCAACAAAAACGAACACGCGUCAAAGACUCGGUGGCUCAGCGAAGGUCGAGUCAGCUGGUGGUGGCAGAGACCAGAGAGGGGGAACGAACCCAAUGGGACCUUGAAACUGGCGACUACUCAUUCAGAUGGGAGGCGAAAGGACAGGCACUGGGCAUUCUAGGAGACCUAAACAUUAGGAAUGUAACAACUCACCAAUACACAUCAGAUCCGGUUCAAAUGUUGUAAGAUGCGAGUGCGUCAAGUUUAUUGGUGGGCGGGAGCUCAAACUGAUCCAAAUGACGCAUGCGUCGGUCAGAAAACCCAUUUUAAAAUGUUCCAAAUUGACAGUGAACUGUUUUUGACUUUAUAUAGUGUUAUUCCGGGGGGAAAACACUGAUUGAUGCGUCCUCCUUCAGUUCAGUAGCCUAUCAAACUUUUUUUCUGACGUAACUGCGUAUGAGUGUGAGAGCAACUGUGCAUACAGUGCUGGAGACGGCUGCUCGCGCCAACGAGAGGUUGUUCUAAUGGGCUAUUCGUACAUCUGCAUUCAGAUGCUUGUAAUGGCUUUCACAAUGUCAAAUCCUAGGCUUUAUUAGUUGAGUGACAACAAAUGUAAUUUGGGUCAUUUCGGGUCACUGUUACCAAAUGAGCUGUAGAAAGUUGUUUUUUUUUGUUUUUUUACUCGAGUUGUGUCGCCUACCGGAAUGGAUGCAACUCGCAUCCAACUGCAGAUUUUGGGUUUUCAAUCAUUCAGAUUUCAUUUAAUAGUUCAGGUUCACUAUAAGAAAUAGUUUUGGUAGUUUUGCUUCAAACAGUCGGUGUAUUUGGUCAUUUCAACAUGAACAGGGUAUGUUCAUUAGGGACGGAAAUACGUUUUGCCAGCUGCGCAUGGUUGCGUUCAUUCAUUGGUCGGAAUGGAGAAGCUCUCCAUAAAACUCCAAAUGGUCUAAACCAGGGGUGCCAAACUCAUUCCACGGAGGGCCUAGUAUCUGCAGGUUUUUGGUUUUUCCUUUCAAUAAAGCCCUAGACAACCAGGUGUGGGGAGUUCCUAACUAAUUAGUGAUGUUAAUUCAUCAAUCAAGUACAAGGGAGGAGCGAAAACCCGCAGACACUCGGCCCUCCUUGGAAUGAGUUUGACACCUGUGGUCUAAACCAUUCCCUUUUGAGACGGGGUAAAAUCCAAACCUGCAUUAUAUUAAUUGGCUAAAUGCCAUGCUAAUUUCUAAAGAGAAAUAUUGACAUAGUACUAGCUCGAAACAUGUUUAAUCUGCAAAAAAUGACAAGUUAAUCAGUGGGCGAUGGUGAUGUCAGAGAAAAAGUGGUGGGAGAAAAAGCAUACAUUUCCCCACUCCUAAUCUGAUAGUGGGGUGGUAGAUGCUCAGUCUGCUCACGUAUCUACACACACACACACACACACACACACACACUGAGGGCCACUCAGCUUAGAGAAGUCAUCUCAGAGAGGCCCAGCUUCCCAUCAGCAGCAGUUAUUAAUUAAAAAUUGAAAAUUAAUGUGUUCAAUGCAACAGCGAAAAAAGUGCAUUGAACCGAAUUGCAUCAAUUAGUUUCCCUAAUCAAACCAAACGUAUCGUUCCUGUAUUGUACUGGGGCCAAUGUGUCCAAAUGCGUAUCAAAUCGUCCGCGCAAAUGGGCGCAAGUGUACACGCGCACGCACACACAGUGUGUGACUCUGCUGGCAAACGCUGAAGAACAGAGACAGGAGAGUGACAUUACAAUAUGACAUCUUGUCAACCCACCUGAGAGCCUGACCUCUAUAUGUACACACAGCCCUGAAUGUAUUGGACCAUCCUGCUUAGCAACCAUUCGUGGAGAUGAGUUGUUUUUUUUUACAUUGCUGGCGUAUCGCAGUGAGACAGCCAUAGAAGUAGAUAGAGAACUCAUUUUUGUAUCUGUGCCACUAAAAUGGUGGAAGCCCACAGUGGCGAUGGCCAUGCUAAAACGGGUUAUAUCCAUGUGUCUAUCUCUAUGGACGCAACCCUUUGUAAUUUUUGAGCCUGUAUAAAUAAAUAAGUUAUUCAAAAUGUUUGUUUUUCUGCAAAAGGUUGAGCCUCUUGUGAAGCAAGCAGACUGUAGGCCCCUUCAUACUGUACAUUGGUAUAUUAUUUUUCGUUGCUAUAUUUAUUUGUAUAGAGAACUGCUUUGUAUUUUUCUAAUAAAAUAUCAAUAAAAUUGUUAUUAUUC